CGGGCGCCAGCUUAGUGUGUGUCGAAAACUACGGAGCGGUUGACUGGUGAAUGACGAUCCGAGUAUCGGAAAAGGUGCUCUCAUUGCUAUUUGGGUUUGUGGGCGGGCAUAGAGGAAGGCGAUAAAAGCUUGUAGCCGAGGUGAAGAGGAAGGAGAAGAAGGAGAAGAAGAAGAAAGAGAACGAUCCGGAGGAAACCCGCCCGGAAACCGCCGUAAGGAAGCUGCCAUUGGCCGGAGGAUGGAAGCGGAGAAGAUGGAUGAGAAUGAAUGGCGAUAUCACGGGGAGGGCAACAAGAGCCUCGUCGUCUCCCACAGACAGCAUUGCAUAGUACUACGCUUCUUGAAAUUUCUUCCAAACCGAAAUAAGACACCAGAAGAAAUCUCUCAUCAUCUUCAGAACAUAGUGUAUUUUGGCAAACACAUCAUGAAGCACUUUUUUGGGGAGAAAUAUGUUCAUCAUGGGGAAGUUGUCCAGCUGUCUUUGGAUUUUGUGAAACAACUUUGCUUAAAGAUCCAGGCAGAGAGGCCAGAAUCACGCUGUGAUAAAGAGAUGGAUGCUCUUAGUGGUUAUGCUUUGUGCCUUCCUAAUCUCACCAGGAUGCAUUUUGUUGAACAUCGACCUAAACUUUGUAUAGAAAUUAAGCCAAAAUGUGGGUUUCUCCCCUUUUCCAGUCAUGUUUCACAAGAUAUAAAAUAUAAAGUUUGUCGUUACUGCAUGCACCAGCAUCUAAAGGUAGCAAAAGGAAAAUGGAAACAUCUAAGUAAAUAUUGUCCGCUAGAUCUAUUCUCAGGAAAUAAACAGCGAAUGCACUUUGCCUUGAGAAGCCUAUUAUAUGAAGCACAGAAUAAUUUAAAAAUAUUUAAGAAUGGUGAAUUAAUUUAUGGCUGCAAAGAUAAUGAGGAUUCGCUCUCAGAUUUGAAUGAACUUGCUUGCCACCUGAAACCUUUCUUCUUUCCUUCAAAUGGCCUGGUCAGUGGGCCUCAUUGUACAAGGACAAUUCUGAAAGAGUUGAUCCAUGUAAUAACAACGAUUCUACUGAGUAAUACAGAUACCUGUAAAGCAGGUGAUUUGAAGACAGUUCCCAGCUCACAAGGAAGGAGCUAUUGCGAAGCCAGUGCUUUCGGUAAAGAGCUAGUGCGGAAUGCUAAAAACAAAAUAGAGACUUCUGGCUUGCCAAAGGGAUGCCUCCUUUACAAAACACUUCAGGCUCAAAUGCUGGAUACACUGGAUAUAGAAGGGGUUUAUCCUUUGUACAACAGAGUUGAACAAUAUUUGGAAGAGUUUCCCAAAGAGAGGAACGUACUACAGAUUGAUGGGCCUUAUAAUGAAUCAUUCUAUGAGAAAUUAUUAGAUCGCUCAAGUGAGGAUGAUGGAACAAUAGCAUAUGCGUUGGCAAAGGUUCAGCAGUACAGAGUUGCAAUGACAGCAAAGGACUGUUCCAUAAUGAUUGUGCUUUCACCUUGUCAACAAGAUGAAUGCUCUGAGCAGAGGCCAGUGGUUCUAACAUCAAAAUCGAGAUUUACCUUUUCAGUUUCUGUCCUGGAUUUAGACCUGAAGCCAUAUGAAAGCAUUCGUCAUCAAUAUAAGCUUGAUGGGAAGAUAGUGAACUAUUAUCUGAAGAGGACACAAGCCAAAGACGACUCAGUAAUGUCAAAUCUUUUAAAAGAAAAUGAAGACUGCACACUAGUCCUCCAUAAAAUGUAACUGGCUAAAUAUUUAACACAGAGGAAGAUUAAGUUAUGUUUUUUUUAUUAUUAUUUUCAGUUGUGCUUUCAAUUUAUCUACCUUUCAGAAACACAAAAAAACCCCGAGAUUGCCUUGAAGAAUGCAUUUAUUGUAAGAGACAUGUGACAUGUACUAUUAGUUUGAAUGAAAUGACUAUUCUAUGACUGUAGAAGAGAAUUUGAUUAUUCAAAUGCAGAAAACCAGUAUCCUUAUUAAAAUUCUAAAUGCAGCUAUAACUAUAUAUGAAUCACUAAGUAUCACUUGUUUAAAAUAAAUGAGGUGAUCUGAUCAAAUUCCAAAAAUCUUGAUUAGAAAUAAUUCUAGAUUAAUGCUUCUUAGACUGCUGCUUGCAUAUGUAUUGUCUCUUAUGUUCAAAGUGAUCUUAUGUAGUUGUUCUCCGAAUUGUUCAAAACUUAUUAAAAAGAUUUAAUGUAUAAAGAACCCCCCCUUUCUUGAAUAAUGAUAAAAACAAUGAAAGCAAAUUAGCUCCCUUAUUAAACAGGAGGUUUUAGAAAUUAUGUAAUGUAAACAGUUACUAUUACAAUUAACCAUUUUCAGCAAUUCUUUGCUGCAUAUGCCUCAUUAAUAUUUAGAUGCCUCAUUAAUAUCCUUUUCAGUUGCCUGGGCCAUUCUGAGGCUUCAAUGGGUAACAAUUGAGAAGUUCAAAAUAUUGCCAUAAAUUUUCUCUGGGUAAUAGUUUUUAUUUUUCUGUCUGCAUUUUUGCUUGGCUUCUCUUUAGACCUUCAACAGCAGCCAUUUGCUUUGCUAGAGCAUACAAGUUCAGUAGCAAUUGGAUUUUUUUAUCCUGAGCUCAAUAUUAUUGAGGGUAUUAAAUGUUCUCAGCAAAGGGAGAUCUCUCUCUUUGUGCAAGAGUUGUUAGGGUUUUUUAAAAAACCACCUCUUGCACACACAAAGAGAAAAUAGUGAAAUAUGCCUUGGGUUUUACAGUGGAAGGCCUAGUCAUUCCCUGCUCUGCUGCCCAGUGGCAGUAAGGGUGAUUUGAAGAGGCAAUGACAUGUCAUUUCUAAUGCAGACUGUGUAAUUGGACCUCUGAAUUCAGAAUUUUGGAUUCUAGGUAACUACUUAUAUGUUAUUUUAAAGCAGGAAGAGAAAUUCUAAAAUGUCUAAUGGUAAAAGUUAAAUGUUAACGUAGGUAGACAAAGGAUUCUUACAUGCUGUGAAAAACUUGAAACCAAAGCUGCUUCAGCUAUUGAAAAAUCGCUGGAUUGGCGCCAAAGGUGUCUUGCACCAGAGAAAGCUGUACAUCACAGGCUCUCUGAAUUAUGUUAGUGAUGCAAAUUCCUGUAGAUGUGAUUUUGGUGGGCUUGACAGUGGGCAAGAAGAGUCUUCUCCCACCCCUGCCCUCCUUUCUGUAAGAACGAGUUCUGCAAUUGCUUCUUGGAUGCCUACCACUUUUUACAGCCUGGCUUUUAGUGGCACAAUCUUAUCUUUUGACUGUCGUGUAUCAUCACUAAAAUAUGUAUCUGUCAGAAAGUAUCCCUAAAAAUCUAUAAUGAUAUUUUGUAUGGAUUCCAAUUCAUUUGCUAUUAUGAUAUUAAGUUUAAUGUUAAUAUUUAUGAGUAUCUCUCACGAGUUCUGCUCCUAGAUCUAUUAAUUAAAAAAACCCUGUAUUUUGUGAUAUUUAUUCAUCUUAAUUCUAAAUCUUGCCCUCCUGAGCUUGUGGGCUGCAAGUCAGUCGAUGUCAGGUAAGGGCAUAGUUCUGGAAUUUGAAUCCAAUAAAUUUGUAAUGCACAAUUAAAUGAACACAACUUUUAAACUUAUUGGUAACUGUGAAUGUUGCUAAAAUUGUUCAAAAAUAUUUUAUUGAAAUAUUCACAUUAUAAUAUGAAGCAUUUUCCAGAAAGGCUACCAUUCUUAAAGCAAUUAGUAGUAAAAUAGUCAAAAUGUUUUGAAAUAAUAACAAAUGACAAACAGCUGUGUAGCAAUGGGCAUUUGAUUUUGAUAGGUAUCACCUGCAAUAUGCAAUCAGCAAUCGAUCAAACUCUGCAUCUAGAAAAUGCAUAUAGGGCAAGAUAAGCUAAAAAUCUUGCAUAUAAUGCUGUUUUGCUCACUGUUCUAUGCAAGUCUUUGUGGCAUUCCAUGUGUGAAUCCAAAACUUACCUCCAGAAAACAAAAUUUGUAAUUUUGAGUAGAAAUUCUACUUUUGGCAAACUUAAGAUAGAACCAUUUUGGGUUGGGCUGACAUGGUAAGCUGCUAAGUUUAAUUAAAUCUGCAUUGGCAGAUAUAAAAUGACGAGUGCUCAUUAACCAAGCUUUUUAACUUAGAUUGUUAUAUCUUACUGUCUAUAAUUAGGAAUGCAUGGGAUGCAAAUAUUGAUUAAAAUGCUCAAUUUGAGUGUUUGUAUUUAAAAACUGAUAUAAACUUCGCUUUUUCUAAAAAAAAAAAAACCUAUUACAGCACUUUAAAAGAACAGUGAAAACUUUACAUAGCUACUUAUCUACUUGGGUUGCAUUUAAAACAAUUGAUUCUAGGAAAUCUAAAUAUGGAAAGAUAAUACUGGAAUAUAUAGGCAAGUUAUAUGCAGAUCAGUGCCAUCAUUUUUGCUCUUUUCUGUACUCAUUCUUCAUGGAGCAUGUGGUUAAUAAAUUUCAGCUUAUGCUUUGUAAAUUAAAAUGUCUCAUUUUUAUUUUAUGAGUAUGAUAAACCUGAUUUGCCUUCAAUCACUGUUUAUGGAAGAAGUAGUAGGUGUGCUACUGUAUGAUGCUCCUGUAGCUUAAAUUCUAAUUACUACCAAACUGUUCUGUAUUCUAGAAUCACUGUUACAUAUAUACAUACAGCUGUGAACUGAAACUGCCACUUUUUUUAGACUUGAAUUUAUCAGGCUGAUCUGAGGAGGUUUUAGGAACUGAUGUAGAAGGGGAAAAACCACUUUGAUUCAGAAAGUUAAUUUUUUAAUGAAAUGCAUUCUACUUGUAUCUGAUUUGACGUUUUGUAUUUAAAAAGCUGUAUUUAUUUGUCAUGACAAUUUAUAUAUAUGUGCCAUAAUUGUACAGAUAGCAUGUUUUAUGGGUAUGGUUUCUAAAUGGAAAAUAACUUAAUGUUUAUAUUCAAUAAAAUGAUAGAUGCGUAA